AUGAAUAGAAUCCUCUCACUGACACAAUAUCAGCUCGACGCUGCUCGACAGUACUAUCCUCUCAGCUUCAUCGUGGAGCUCUGCUCAUACAUAUCAUUCUUCAAACAAAACACCCUCCAUCUCCAUCUCAGCGAUAACCUCUGGAACAACCCAGAGCUGUUUGACUUUGAAGAACAGAUGAGGCUGUACGCCACUUUCCGACUGUACUCUGACGACCCGCAAGUCAAAGGUCUAAACAAGAGACCGGACGAGUCUUAUACCCGCGAGGUCUUUGACGACAUUCAAUCCAAGUGCGUUGCCCAUGAAGUCACUAUCCUGCCCAAGAUCGAGGCCCCCGGUCAUGCUUUGGUCUUUUCACAAUGGAAACCUCAGAUUGGCAUGUCUUCUGACCACACGCUGCUCAACAUCACUCAUCCGGAAACCAUCCCCGCCGUCAAGACGGUGUGGAAGGUGUUUAUGCCGUGGUUCCACAGCAAGACUGUCUCCAUCGGUGCACACGAAUACAGGGAUAGUAGCCUCGACGAAAAUGCUCUGACAGCUGAGUAUGAACGAUUCGUAAACGAGCUGAACUACUUCAUCACACAAGAAUCCGGGAAGAAAGUCCGCAUCUGGGGAACCUUUCCGCCAUCCUCGGGCAGCAACGUAGACAAGUCAGUCUCGAUUCAACACUGGGCCAACUUCGAAGCACACGCCGUUACAGACUGGCUCGCCAACGACUACAACGUCUUGAACUCAGGAGAUGACCUGUACGUUGUAUCGAAAUGGUCAAGCGGUUACCCCCAGGUCUUGAAUCAGACCUUCAUAUUCCAUGGGUCCCCUGAUGGGAGUGCUUUUGCGCCAAGCAUUUUUGAUCCUGUCAACGAGACCGAGAAUACGUCUGGCGAUGAUCCGAGAAUCGAAGGUCACAUCGCUCCGUUGUGGACUGACUGGGGCCCCAACUCGACUACCAUCUUGGAGACGUAUUACAGUUGGCGGGAUGGCCUUCCGGCUCUUGCUGACAAGCAAUGGGGUGGCAAUUUGACAGAGGAAGAAUAUCCGUCGCUCUUUGAAGCCCUUCAACCUUUUGUUCCUGGCCAAAAUCUGGAUCGCUGGAUUCCGUCCAAGGGCUCCACGAUUCUAGAGUAUGACUUUACCCACAACUCUCACCAGAGUAUAGUCAAGGAUAAGUCUGGUAACAGCUACGAUGCCAAAUCGUCCUGUAAACUUUCCAAGAGAGGUAUCCUUCUUUUACCCUCUUGCAAAGUGACAAUUCCUCUAUCAUCCAAAGGACGAGACUACACCUUUUCAUUCUCCAUCAAUCCAACCUCCAAAAAGCCUGAGCCAAUCUUUACAGGCCCCGACAGCUCACUCUGGGCUGGGCACGGAAGCACCACCAACGUAACCCUCGUGGCAGACGACUCAGCUUACACCCUAAACUACACCUUUCCCCUGAACAAGUGGACGAAUGCUAAGUUGAUAGGAAAAGGACCUAGGGCCUUCAUGGCUGUUAACGGCCAGGAACCCAUGGAGUUUCUCACCAAGAUUGGCAUCCGCGGUAGGCGAUAUGUGUGGGGGAAGAUUGCAGUUGAAGCUUCGUUGAGCGUGAUUGGCGGAGGAGACUUUGAGGGCAUCCUGAGCUAUGUCAAAUUAAAAGAUAAUGCGUGA